GCGAUGCUCGGCUGUUUCCGGUGUCCUGUAUCACCCAAAACAAGUUUGAAACGGACAAAUCGCCGUCUGUGCUUUUAAGAACAGCGCGCUUGCUUGUCAUCCAACAUCUGCGGAAGGGUUUAAAACCCCUCACUAUGUAAUAGAGCACCUUUGGACGGAGGAUCAUGGACAGUUACUCGUUCGUGAGGGUUGUGGGGAAGGGCAGCUAUGGGGAGGUGACUCUGGUCAGACACAGGUCAGACCGGAAACAGUAUGUGAUCAAGAAGCUGAACCUGAGAACGUCCUCCAGACGUGAGCGGCGAGCCGCGGAGCAGGAAGCCCAGCUCCUCUCACAGCUCAAGCAUCCCAACAUCGUCACCUACCGGGAAUCAUGGGAAGGCGAGGACUGUCAGCUGUACAUCGUGAUGGGCUUCUGUGAGGGGGGAGAUCUCUACCACAGACUCAAACAGCAGAAGGGAGAACUGCUGCCUGAGAGACAGGUUGUGGAGUGGUUUGUUCAGAUUGCUAUGGCCCUUCAGUAUUUACACGAGAAGCACAUCCUCCAUCGAGAUCUGAAAACGCAGAAUAUCUUCUUGACCAAGACGGAUAUAAUCAAAGUGGGUGACCUGGGCAUCGCACGUGUCCUGGAGAGUCAGAACGACAUGGCCAGCACUCUGAUCGGCACACCUUACUACAUGAGUCCAGAGCUGUUCUCCAACAAACCGUACAACUACAAGUCGGACGUGUGGGCUCUGGGAUGCUGCGUGUAUGAAUUGGCAACUCUAAAGCAUGCUUUCAAUGCAAAAGACAUGAACUCUCUUGUGUAUCGGAUCGUAGAAGGGAAGCUGCCCCAGAUGCCGAGUAAGUUCGACCCCCAGCUGGGAGAACUGAUCAAGCGGAUGUUGUGUAAGAAACCAGAGGACAGGCCUGACGUCAAACACAUCCUCCGACAGCCGUACAUCAAACAGCAGAUCUCCAUGUUCUUGGAGGCCACCAAAGAGAAAACUGCCAGAUCACGGAACGAUACAGCAAACAGCAAACCGAAAACUGCCCAAUCAGAUGCCUCAAACGAACCAAAUCAUGACAGUCUAAACUCAGAGAUCUCAAAGUCCCGAGGAGGAACGGUUGAAGAAAACCACUCAAACCGACAAGAACCCUGGAAUGUUGCAGUGGAAAAAGUGGUUCCUAACCCACACCUGCCAUCUAAAUCUCCAAGUCGGGACGUUAGUAACUCAACCGGUCGAUUUACAGCAACCAUUAGCAAUAUACACAUUGAAAUCCAAACCCAGAAACAGAGAAAAGCCAAACCCAGCAGCCAUCAGAAACACAAGCUGCCGUCUGUGAGCAAGAGGAGAGAGAAAGAGGAGAAAGGAGAUCUGGGUCCUCCUCAGACGCACCCUCUGAAACACAUAUUAGGUGACGGCAGAACGGAGGAUAAGAUGUCAGCGGACGGACUGAGAUCUCAAAACUCAUCUACAGCCAAACUCACCAAGAAUCUAAGCGAGGAAAAGGCUCUUGAUGUAAGUAUGGACCUUAAAGACGAUACUAUGAAGCUUCUGCAGGAGGCAGGGAUGGAGGACGUCCCGCGUGAGCAAAUUGAACAACAUCACAAUGCUGAGACAAAGCCGGAGAGCCGAAGAACUUCAUCAGAUACUGAUGAUAAUCGUGGCGGCGCUUGUGUCCUAAAUGAUGUUCCCACUGGAAGUUCAGCUGAGGAGAGUGAGGGAAGUUUAGACUCCACGGAGAAACUACUCAAGCCCGUUCCUGUCAUUUUAAUGGAGCCGUCCAGUUCAGAGAGCUCUUCAGCGCUCUCAGAUCAAAGCAGAGCAGUUCUUCUGCCCACUUCCUCUUCUUCUGAUCCAUCCGUGUCACGUCAGCGCAGGCAGAGGAAGAAAGUCAAGUCCCUCGAUGACCAGAACAGUCAGCCAGUCAAAGCAGUGCCAAGACCUCUGCCGCCUCUUCUGGAAGAUGUCCUGUCAGUAAACAGCCACUCGGAGAAAAACAGCCCUUCCAGGCUCUCAUCGUCUACCAGGAAUGUUCCAGAGCAGCAGAACUCAGUUUACUUACAGAAUCGUCUACUGUCAGCCAGGGAAAGGAGAAGACUGAAGCAAUUACAGGAGAACUCCAGACAACAAGCUGCGUCCGCUGUCCCCUCGUUAGACGGCGAGCAGACAGACCAUGUAGACUGCACAAGACCUGAAAGCACAACUGCUGAAACGAAAAAGGAGAGGAUGUGCUCAUGGAGGCAGUCUGACGAAGAUGAGUGUAGCUCCUCCACCAGCUCCACUGAACCUUCAGAGGGAGACUACAGAGAGAGAAAGCGUGAGACCAGUGAAAUGCAAGACUUGGUCCAAAUGAUGACACAGACAUUACACAUGGAUGCCAGAGAUGCAUCAUUAGAGCCUGAUGAGACACGAUGCCACUCUACUCCGCUGCCGGAGUUCAAACUAAACAGGAAGUACAGGGACACUCUGAUGCUUCAUGGGAAAUCCAGAGAGGGACAGGGAGGCUUCCCAGACGACAGCACGGGUCCAGCAAAGGUCAGGAGAGUGAUGGAGCACUUGCGUACAGAUGUGGUUAAAGGACUCGGGGUGAAGCUAUUGGAAAGAGUCCUGGACAUCAUGCAGGAAGAGGAUCAAGACAAGAGAGAGAACUUACUGCAAGAGCAAAUGGGGGAGGAAAAAUAUAAGCAGUACGCGAUGAAAGUCCAACAGCUGAAGUUCUUUGAGGACGUUGCAUUCAAAGACUGAGCCUCCUGCACACGAGGGAUCUCUCGUCAAACACUGAUAUGCCAUUACUGCUGAAGACCAGCAGACCUCAUGCUCUUAAAAGAUGUAGCACUUCGUUGAAGCCUCCUUUCAACAAUCACUGUUACUUUUAAUGCUUUCGUAAAUGUGUAGAUAGAAAGGGAGUUAAACACCAGAUUUGCAAAAAAACAAAACAAAAAUGCUGUUAUCAUGCACCUUUAAAAUACAUAAAAGCAUUAUUUUAGGAUAUUGUCUUUCUAUUGGAAAUAUGGACCUAUGAUAGCGAUCUUGAAUCUCAACUGUUUUUCUAUCUUUAUGAAAUGUAUAUUUAUAUUACGUAU